AUGCAGACCUCCAGUAAUGGAAGACACUCCGUCCGGAUCUCCGGCCUCAGCACCAUUGACUUCCGAGCUGGAUUUUCCAGAAAACCCACAAUGGACUUCAAAAAGACCUCUAGUCGACCAGUUCAAGGAAUUCCGACUCAUAUCCUGAUUAACACCACCGGACUCUCCCCUCUGGCUCGGCCAGACAGGCUGGAGCUCUUGUCCGUCUCAGGGGAAGUGAUCAAAACGUUGCCAAUUGGUUACUUCCCUGAACGUAAGCCAUACGGUCUGUGGAACAUCACAGAGUUUAUUCCACCCAAAGAGGCCUUCUUCCUGAGAGUGACGGGAUUCGACCAGGAUGGUUAUCUGUUCCAACGAGUCUCCAGUGUGUCUUUCUCCAGCAUCAUACCCG